CUCCGGGCAACUUCUCACAGUCGACGUCCACCGCUUAGUCGGGACCAACACGCGACGUGUGAUGAUCAAGCACACAUGUUGGAUCGAUUGAAUCGACGCGGUGUUCCACCACAACAACAGUCCAACAUGAACUCAUCCGGUUCCGUUUCUCAGCACCAGCAUCACCCGCCGGGUGCUCCUCGACCCGGCCCGGAUGCAGUGCAUCUGGUAGACAGUGGUGCUGGUGGUAGCGGCAAUCCUGGACUGCCCAAAUCGAUCGGAUCGAGUACCGGACCGGGCCGACUGCAGCCACGUCCGGCACCACCAUCUUAUCAACAGGUUUGUCAUCAGUCGAAUCAAUAUUUUACUCAUAGAUAA